AUGAAAGGCAAGCCCACGCCCAAACGGAGGCUUGCCGCAAAAAGCAGUGGCCAGUCAUCACCAUCCAUCAAGGAUGCCCACGCCGACGCAGAUCCGACAGCCUCCGGCCCCGCGAACCAGCCCAGCGCCGGCCGGGACGAAAAGGACCAGCAGCGGCUGCUCGACAUCUUCUCCCACGCCUUUGGAGCUGUCCUCGCUCGGGACUCCUUUCCCACCUUGCUGCAGGAGAUAAAAGCGGCGCUCUUCCACCGCGACUUCGUCACUGCCUUUGGCAGGGAGGACUACCUCGAAGCCUACGCGGCGAGAUGGAGUCCCACGAGGGCUCUCUGCUACGCCACCGUCUUGACGGCCAUCGGGUCUCACCUGGAUGAAAUGCUCCCAUGCAGACCUCGAACGAAGCAAAGCGCCGUGACGGACACGGAGCGGGAAGCGUGCGUGCGGCGAGACGGAACGGAGGCGGCGCCGUCACCGGACUCGCCGCCGCUGCGGAUGCUCUCCGUCGGCGGCGGUGCGGCCGAGCACGUUGCCUUGGCCUCGUACGUGCAGCAGACACGCUCUCGUGCGUCGCUCGCUCUCCUCGACGCGGCACCUUGGACCAGCGUGGCAUCUCUCCUCCAGAAGCAGCUCACCUCGCCGCCCCCGCUCUCCAAGUACGCCUCGGCGGCCGUCAAGGAAUCCAACAAGGCGCUCCUGCGCGAGGACCAGCUGGAGUUGACCUUUUCCCAAAGGGACGCCCUGGCCUUGACCAAGGACGACCUGGUAGACGUGGUCGGCACGGAGCCCCUCGUCGUCACCCUCAUGUUCACGCUGAACGAACUCUACACCGACGGCGGCAUCGGAAGGACGACGAGCUUCUUGCAAUCGUUGGCCGAGGUCCUUGCCCACGGGAGCUUGCUGCUCGUCGUCGAUUCCCCCGGGAGCUAUUCCGAGGCGGCCGUGGGGAAGGCGAAGAAAAAGUACCCCAUGCGGUGGUUGCUCCAGCACACGUUGGAGCGAGAAUCACCGGCCCAUCGAUGGGAGAUGCUCGAGUCCGACGACUCGCUCUGGUUUCGGCUGCCCGAGGGACUGUCGUACCCGAUGAAGCUCGAAAAUAUGAGGGAGCCGCGCAUUACGACUGAUGACGACGACGAGGACAAGAACAGUUCUGACGACGACGAGGAGGAGGACAAGGACGAUACUGAAUACGACAAGGACGACGACGAGGACAACGACGACGACGACGACAAGGACAACGACCAUUACCAUAACGACAGCGACAGCGACGAAACAAUGGCAAUUUCAGAUUGGUCCUAG